AUGGACACAGCAAAGUCCACCGAUGAUGAACCCCUUCUCAGAGGCAAAAAAAGGCAGGAUCUCAAAGAGAUGCUGAGAGAAGUAGGACUGGCAGUUGAGUACUGGUUGCCCAAGCUGCAGGAACAUCUGGGUGUGACCAGUGUCCAGGCCUUACAACACCUAGAAGACAAAGACCUCCAGCAGCUGAAAUCCCAGGCACAGUAUCCCUGGGAGAAAAGGGCCCUGGAGAAGCUGCUUCACCUGUCACACUCAAAUAACUUUUCAGAGUUCCAGGAAUCUCAGGUGGAAAUGAUAAAGAAACAGCAAGAGAAGGCAGAGCAGGUGCUGCAGGAGCUAAAAAAUUUGCUGUCAGAAUGCAGACAACAACAAGAAGAGGCAGAGAGGAAAAAAGAGGCAGAGCUCAGGCAGGCGAUGGAGAUCCCCAAGGAAUACCGGCCAACCCCUCAAAAGCCCCUAAGAGAAAUCAUGGAAAAUGUGCAGAGACAACUCAACCUCAUGGAGGGGACACUGUCUCACAGGCAAAACAUCCCAGAUAUAGAUCUGGUGAGAUGGGCAUCUGGAGGGCUGGCCCUGCAAGGAAUUUACAAAACCAGCUACCAACGGGACCUUGUAGAGAAGAGACAGGAGCUAAUCUGUGUCCCGAAGGAGUUCUUGCUCUAUGGCCCUGAGCAGGGCACACGAAUGGAAACAAAGGAAUUUACAUCUUCUCAAGCAGAAUCUAUGUUCACCCAGGCAAUAGAGAAGCUGGGCUUCAGCGUAACUGCUUCAGCCAAGGGUAGAGGUUGGGGAUUUAGCUUGGAAACUGGUACGGAUCACAGCAAACAUUCAGAAUCCAAGGAAACUAAUCACUCACACUCUGAUCACACUUAUUUCUGUUCUACCAAGUUCAGUUAUGUCCCACUUGCCUCCUGCCACUUUCCCAUUGAUCAGCUCCAGCUCUCCAAGGCUGCUCUCCAGGAAUUGAAAUGCAUUGAAGAACUCCUGGCUCAGCCUGCAGGCCCAGACAGACUCCUCUUGCUAAGACACAGGGCUGAAGCUUUCUUUCACAGGUUUGGCUCUCAUGCUAAUCAAGGCCCUCUGCACCUGGGAGGAAUCUACUGGUGGAAAGCCAUUUCAGAGGGUUUCCCAAGUGAGCAGCUGGCAGAGGUGAAACAGCAGUCAGCAGAGUCCCUGAAUAGUUACAUAAGGGGCAGCUACAGUGGGUUUGGAGUGAAAGUAGCUGCAGGUGUGGAUGUGUCAGGCUCUCAUUCAAACACAUCCUCCCAGAGCACAACAUGCCAAAACCUCCAAACCAAAGUUCAACUAUCUGUGGCCCACACAGGUGGCCCACCAGAAGCAAAUGGCUUUUUCCACUGGAAAGUUGGCCUAGUUGCCAGCAACCAAACCUGGUGUGUCAUUGACCGGGGACUUCAGCUGGUGCCCAUUUGGGACAUAAUCUUUUCCAGUCACAGAAGGGAUUUCAAGGAUCCUCUUCAGGUAGCUUACUUGCUGAAAGACAGCUACAUUGCUCUGACUGGCCUCACUGCACAGAUCCAAGAUGGAGAAGAAUUAUUGGGUGCUGGGAAGGAGGCUAGGGUUUUCCUAGAAGAUGUGAAAUCCUGGGAGGUAUCUGAUCCAGAAGAGCAGCUUCAAAAGCUGAUAAAUUUCAUGCAAAUGUUGAGUCAAAAAACUAAAAGUUAUGAUACUUGGGUUAACAUAUGCCUCACGGAUUGGGGUCUGCAGAAUUUUCUGAUAAACACUGUUAAAUUUUGCAAAGAGUCUUCCACUUAUAAAACCAAAUUUAUUAAAUCUCAGUUGCGCAGCCUUUUGGAUCCUCACAUCUACACAGUGAAAAACUUUCCUCAGGCUCAUUCCAUCAUGCAGUGGAUCUACCUGUCAGAGUCAGAGCAAGAGCACAGGAACAUCACUGAGUUUUCUGAAUUAAUUAAAAUCUUAAAGGAAACCCAGAAUGACCUCAGGGAAGUGAAGGCCAAAUCUGAGUCUGCAGAAACAGUGGAGGAAGCUCAAAGAAAGGCCACUUAUAAGGUGAGCUUGUCCCUUGGCUGCUUCUUGAAUUACCUACAAGAAACAGAGCAGCGAGACACACAGCUCUUGCUACUUACCAUUGCAGCUGGUACAGGAUAUCAUGUGGGAAAAAAUACUUUUCAGUAUCUCCUGGGGUGUGAGCAGAUAGACUUCCUACUGAAUGAAAUGCAAACUGCCCAAGAUAAAUACCAAGAGCUCAAAACUAUUUGCACCUACAGGGCUCAGGCAUUCCUGGUACUCAUAGGUCUCACAGCUACUGUUGGAGUCACAGCUGUGUCUCUAGAGGAGAAAACACAGCGCUUGGCAUUAAUAAGACACCACAUGGGCCAAUCUUUUUCUAAAGAAGUUGUACAUGUCCUCACCAAACCUGGAGCAGAUCAUGAUUGGGAAAACCUAGAGAAAGACUUGAGAUUGCUCAUUGAUGGUAGUUAUGAAGCCACCAUUUCUUCACUGCAAAUGGAGGAGGUGAGAAAAAAAUUGCAAAAUAUCUUCCAUGAAAAGAAACAGCCCCAUGAACCACAUGAUAAUGAAAAUAGAAAACGGGAAGUCAUAGAAGAUGGAGGCUUUCAAGAAUUACUCCAGCGUCUAGGCCUAGAACAUUACUACCCAAAAAGAAUGAGCAGAGCUAACUUCCAUCUGAUCUACAAGGCUUCUGUGUACAAGAGCCAGCCAAGUUCUGAACGGGAGCUUCCCUUCUAUUUCCUGCAGAAGCUACUGAUGCUGGAUUAUGGGCUGAGAUACCUGGUCUUCAGAGAUGAUGGAAACACACAGAAUCAAGCUUAUCCAAAUGCCUUGAACGACGAAAAUGAGGCUUUUGAUCCAUAUGAAGACUUGUUUGAAGACCCUGUUGCUCACACUAAUCCUUCAGCCACUAAUCCUAGGCCCCAUAUUCAUCCGAUGGAUAUUCAGAUGGCGAUUCUUCACUGUGCAGACGAUUUUGCCAGACAAUAUAUUUUGGCCAAACUUGCCAUUUGUCAGUUUGCCCUCCCCUUUCUCAUACCUAAUCCCUGCAGUUCUGAAAUUAAAUUCUCUCUCUGGUCUCUCCGUCAAAUUAGAAGAAGCUGGCAGGAAACCAGGAAAUCACCAAAAGACGAGAAGAACAAUUACAAGAAUAAGCAGAUGUGUUGUGUCUCUACCCCCAUUGUGUCCUUUAUUAGAGUUGGAAAUGGCUUCUCUGCUUCCAAAUCUCAGAUCAUGAACUGUCUCCUCAGUAAACGUAAACAUGAUAUCUUUUUUCACAGAAAUUGCAUGGGGAGCAGCAAAGACUGUCUCUUGAUGGGGGGUGUGGUGGAAGUCUGCUGGUUCUGUCCCGGGGGGGAAGAUGAGGAAAGAUUUGACACCUGCUUGACCUUCACCAAUCUUCACGGAGAUGCAAAGGAACAUGCGAAGCAACUCCCCUUCCUGAAGGAGGUCUCUUCUCUCAUUGUUGUCCUCAUGUCAACUUCAGAUGACAAUAAAGAAAACCGAAAAAUUGUCCGUGAAUUGAGUCAGUCAUCAAGGCCUCUGAUCUGUUUGCUUGAUGACAAAGAAAAAACCAUGGCCAAUACCUCUAAACAGAAAGCAUUCAUUGGGAUCAGGAACAGAAAUGAGGCAGAAUUAACAGAGGAGCUCGCUACUACAAUCACACGUUUGCUAGAGCUCUCAGACACUGUUCUGAGCAUAGAGGACUGUUCCCACAUUGCUCGCAAGCAAGGAUUCUUUAUUGAUGAAGACCAGAGAGAGUGCAAGGAUGCCAAAGAAAAGACAGAGAUCCUAAUGGCCCUUCUGAAAGAAACGAACAUAUCUCAGGUGAAAGAAAACUUACUACCCCUCCAGGGCCAACUGUGGCAUCUUUGGUGUAAAAAGGACAAAGAGCUCUAUCACCUGAGAGAAAAGGGGAAUCGGAGCAUUGAACAACACAAAUGUGACAUUGAGACAGAAAAACAGAGAAUUCGACAUGAACAGUUGANCAGAGCCUUUCCUCUCAAUGAUUUAAUGAAUUCUGUCCUUCAAAUUCUCCAAACACAUUCAGAAACUCACACCACACUCUACUUUUUGCAAUGGCUGAGUAUGCUUUUGGACAACCUGACUGCAGGACACUUGGAAAAACUGAAUGAAAAGCAAAAGACUUUGUGGUCCCUGAUACAAACAGAAAAGCAAAAGGCACCAAAUAGCAACAACCUGAAAGUUUGGCAAAAGAAGGUAGAAGCUAUCGCCACAGAGAUUAGUGACUGUUCCUUGGGAAUUGAGCAACUUCUCAGAGAAAUUGGCCAGAUCUAUGAAGCUCUGGAAGAAGCUUCUUCCACAAAAGGUAUUCUUUUUCUCUCCCUUCCCCAGAUUGCUGCAGAUCUCAUGAUAUCUGGUGUUCCCAUUGAGCUGAUGGAUGGGGAUGCUUCAUAUGUGCCUCUAAAGUGGGUGACAGCUCUUUUUGACAAGCUCUCUGAGAAACUUGGAAACAAACGGCUGUUUGUUCUUUCCAUCCUUGGCCUGCAGAGCUCAGGCAAGUCCACCCUACUGAAUGCACUUUUUGGGCUGCAGUUCACUGUCAGUGCUGGGAGGUGUACCCGGGGGGCCUACAUGCAGCUCCUGAAGGUGGAGGAGACAUUCUCAGAGGAACUUGGCUUUGACUUUGUGCUUGUUGUGGACACAGAAGGACUUCGGGCCCCAGAACUGAGCAACAAAUCUAAGAAUCGUGACAAUGAGUUGGCAACCUUUGUUAUUGGACUUGCAAACUUGACUCUGAUCAAUAUAUUUGGGGAAAAUCCAUCAGAAAUGCAAGAUAUUCUCCAAAUUGUUGUCCAAGCAUUUUUGAGGAUGAAACAAAUAAAAAUCUCCCCAAGUUGCCUCUUUGUCCAUCAGAAUGUGGGGGAAGUUACUGCUAAAGACCAAACUAUGGAAGGACGAAGGCGCUUAGAGCAGAGACUAGAUGAAAUGGCAGCAACAGCGGCUGAGCAAGAACAGUGCUCAGAUGUAUCCCGCUUUAGUGAUGUCAUUAAGUUUGAUGUCAAUACUCAUGUCUACUACUUUGCUCACCUCUGGGAUGGCAAUCCCCCAAUGGCCCCUCCCAAUCCUCGCUAUAGUCACAACGUCCAGGAACUGAAAACGAGAAUUCUUAUGACUGCCAAACAGGAAUCCAGGGGGAGCAUCAUGAAGAUAUCGGAUGUAAAAUCAAGAGUUCAAGAUUUGUGGAGAGCCCUGGUGAAUGAGAACUUUAUUUUCAGUUUCAGGAACACCCGAGAGGUCAUGGCCAUGAGCAAGUUGGAAACCAUGUAUAACAGCUGGACCUGGGAGCUGAGGAGUCAUGUGCUAGGCUUGCAGAACCAGCUGAUCAACCAGGUUCAAAAUGGAAAAAUCCAGACCCUCAGAACAAGCACAGUUGAGGCUCUAGUAGCUGAAAAAUAUGAAGCCAUCAAGCAAGAACUUGAAAAAUAUUUUCAUGAAGAUCCAGAGAGUGAAAUAUUGAUUCAGUGGAAAGCAAAUUUUGAAAAUAAGCUACUGAUCCUUAAAGAGGCUCUUAUUUUAGACAGCCAAAGAAAAGUCGAAGGUCUUAUUAAUUAUAAAAAGGGAGUGCACAAGGCAAUGAAGGAAAAUGUGUACACCAUCACUGAUACUGUCAAUGAUAAUUACUAA